UUUGCAGAGUUAGCCCAGGGUUAGCCAAGCAUUGGCUAGAGGAGAACUAGGAUGAGUGGAGCUAGUUAUUCUGUGGAAUCAGACCCAUCUGAAGGAUCUUUUGAGGAAAACAGGGAAAGAAUGGAUGUAAGGAGAGAGAUAGAAUUAGAUGUGCAAAGAAAGGAUAUAGGAGUGCAAGUGAAUAUGGACGAAGAGUCUGUAGAUGAUACCCAGAAUAAGGAUGCCAGGAUCUCUAGUUCAGGAGAAGUUGACCCCUCUAUUUUGAGUACAGCUGCUAAAAGGGGGAAAAAGAAAGUCAGAGGCCUUAAAGGGUCAAAGAAGAGGGAGUUUUGGAAUAAGUUAAAGUCAGGGUUGGGUUCGAGUUCUAAUAGGGAUAGCUUUAGAUGUGAGAGGUGUGGAAGGCUGCAUAAGGGAGUUUGUCUUGCAGGGACAACAGCAUGUUUUAGGUGUGGUCAGGAGGGACAUGUAGUUCGUGAGUGUCGUACUGCACCUUGGAUAGCUCAGUCUCAGCGGACAUUUUUAAGUAGAGUUGUUCAACAGGAGGCAGCCACAUCAGACCCAGUAGUGCCAGGUAUGUUCAUUUUGUUAUGAAUGUUCUGAUGUGUUUUGAGGAUUCUGAUAGGAUGUCUUUUGUUGUAAUCGAAGUAAAAGAUAAAUAGAUAGAAUUUCAAAGAAGAGUUAAAGAGAGAGUUAUUAUGAGAUGUUAGGAUCUCAGGUUUUCAUAAACCUAGGCAUAGUGAGAAUUGAUUUCUCAAGAAGAAUAAGAGUAAAUAAGGCAGAAAAUAGAACAAGAAGUAAAAAGAGUAACAGUAAGUAUGAAUAAGUAGAAGGAUAAGAUGGGUCAGAGUAAGAGGAAAAGAAAAGGAAGGUAAGUUCAUAAAGAGACUAGAGUUAGUCUGGGAUUAGAUGGUGGUGAGGCUGAGGAAGAAGGGAGAGCCUUUUCUUCAGUAAAUUCCCGAGGGAAGUUCCAUUAGCUUUAGCUUGGAUCUGCACCCUGACUCAGUAGGAGGCAAACACAUCAUACAUGGUGACGUCAGAUGCGUUCACUUGGAAGUGUUCAGAUGUGUAUGCUGUUUGUUUUGGACCCAGUGUUUCACUUUCCUUGUUGUUUAU